AAGUAUAACAACAAUGCAGAGGAUAGUGAGAAUGAUGAGAGACUUGCUCAACCUUCAACAGUGCUUGAACGCUGCUGCGCUUUGGUGUUGUGUGAACCCGCCGUUUUGGCAAAACUGAUGCAGCUCUAA